CCCCCGCCCCGCACGCCCCGGCCCCCCGCCCUCGGGCCUUAGGACGGGACGGGGAGGAGGGAGGGAGGAAGGGGCGCCUGAGGCGGGCGGGAUUCUGCGAAGCGCGUGAAGCCUCGCUGGCGUCUGGUCCCGGAGUCAGACGCUGGCGGGCGCGGAGUUUCUCACGACCGGCGGAGCCCGCUUCUGCUGACUACAUUUCAGAAAGCAUCAACUUUUUCUCAGUGGACUCAUUCGUCAAAUGGAACAUGCCUAUACUAUUUUAAAAAGCUUUGUGCUUAAUCCUGGAAAAAUUAACUGCCCCAAAAUGAAAAUGAGGACAUUUGAGAAGGUGGUUUAAGGCGUGGACCUUUGGGAAAGCAUCCCAUUGAUUCAGUGAACCAAAGGAUAAAUACUGAAUAGAUUAAUCCUAAACACUUAACUAUUUUUUACCCAGGAGGAUUUCAUCUUGACAGAAAAACUUAUUCAUUAUGUAUUUUCUGAAAUUAAAAGAGAGAGACAAGAAUAGACUUAAAAUAGAUGAAAAUGUUUAGUAAAUAAGCAAUGUCAACUCUCUUUUGAUGAGGAUACUUCAGUGAUGUUAAGUCUUUUCCAAAUCCCUAGCUGUGGCUCUAAAAACAAGACUCUUUUUUGAUGGGACUGAUAUUAAGGGAAGUAGGACGUUUUGUGUAUUCAACUCACAGUUGUAGAACUUGCCAUCAUCAGCAUGAGUGGCUUAAAAGAGGAAAUAAAGAAGCUUUCAACUAAAUCCAAAAGUACAGUCAUUUUUCUGCUACUGUGAUUUUAAAGCCUCUUCAUAACCAUUGAAAAAGAGUUGACAACUGUUUUAAAAGAUUAAAGAAAGGCAGAUGUCUGCAAACAAUUCUCCUCCAUCAGCCCAGAAGUCUGUAUUACCUGCAAGUCUUCCUGCUGUGCUUCCAGCUCCUUCUCCAUGUUCAAGUCCUAAAACAGGACUCUCUGGGCGACUCUCUAAUGGAAGCUUCAGUGCGCCGUCACUCACCAACUCCAGAGGCUCAGUGCAUACAAUCUCAUUUCUCCUGCAAAUUGGCCUUACACGAGAAAGUAUUACCAUUGAAGCCCAGGAACUGUCUUUAUCUGCUGUCAAGGAUCUUGUGUGCUCCAUUGUUUAUCAAAAGUUUCCAGAGUGUGGAUUCUUUGGCAUGUAUGACAAAAUCCUUCUCUUUCGUCAUGACAUGAACUCAGAAAAUAUUUUGCAGCUGAUUACCUCAGCAGAUGAAAUACAUGAAGGAGACCUAGUGGAAGUUGUUCUUUCAGCUUUGGCCACAGUAGAAGACUUCCAGAUUCGUCCACAUACUCUGUAUGUACAUUCUUACAAAGCUCCUACUUUUUGUGAUUACUGUGGUGAAAUGCUCUGGGGAUUGGUACGUCAGGGCCUAAAAUGUGAAGGCUGUGGAUUAAAUUAUCAUAAACGAUGUGCCUUCAAGAUUCCAAAUAACUGUAGUGGUGUAAGAAAGAGACGUCUGUCAAAUGUAUCCCUGCCAGGACCUGGCCUCUCAGUUCCAAGACCCCUACAGACUGAAUAUGUAGCCCUUCCUACUGAAGAGUCGCAUAUUCAUCAAGAACCUAGUAAGAGAAUUCCUUCUUGGAGUGGUCGCCCAAUCUGGAUGGAGAAGAUGGUAAUGUGCAGGGUAAAAGUUCCACACACGUUUGCUGUUCACUCUUAUACCCGUCCUACAAUAUGUCAGUACUGCAAGCGGUUGCUGAAAGGCCUCUUUCGCCAAGGAAUGCAGUGCAAAGAUUGUAAAUUCAACUGCCAUAAACGCUGUGCAUCAAAAGUACCAAGAGACUGCCUUGGAGAGGUUACUUUCAAUGGAGAACCUUCCACUCUGGGCACAGAUACAGAUAUUCCAAUGGAUAUUGACAGUAGUGACAUGAACAGUGAUGGUAGUCGGGGCUUGGAUGACAUAGAAGAACCAUCUCCCCCAGAAGAUAAAAUGUUCUUCCUGGAUCCAUCUGACCUUGAUGUGGAAAGAGAUGAAGAAGCUGUUAAAACAAUCAGUCCAUCAACAAGCAAUAAUAUUCCGCUAAUGAGAGUUGUACAGUCCAUCAAGCACACAAAGAGGAAGAGCAGCACGAUGGUGAAGGAAGGGUGGAUGGUCCAUUACACCAGCAGGGACACCCUGAGAAAAAGGCAUUAUUGGAGACUGGACAGUAAAUGUUUAACAUUGUUUCAAAACGAAUCCGGAUCAAAGUAUUAUAAGGAAAUUCCACUUUCAGAAAUUCUCCGUAUAUCCUCGCCACAAGAUUUCACAAACAUUUCACAAGGCAGCAACCCACACUGUUUUGAAAUCAUCACUGACACUAUGGUAUACUUUGUUGGUGAAAACAAUGGGGACAGCUCUCACAAUCCUGUUCUUGCUGCCACUGGAGUGGGACUUGAUGUAGCACAGAGCUGGGAAAAAGCAAUUCGUCAGGCUCUCAUGCCUGUUACCCCUCAAGCAAGUGUUUGUACUUCUCCAGGGCAAGGGAAAGAUCACAAAGAUUUGUCUACCAGUAUCUCUGUAUCUAAUUGUCAGAUCCAGGAGAAUGUGGACAUCAGUACCGUUUACCAGAUUUUUGCAGAUGAGGUGCUUGGUUCAGGCCAAUUUGGUAUCGUUUAUGGAGGAAAACACAGAAAGACUGGAAGGGAUGUGGCUAUUAAAGUAAUUGAUAAGAUGAGAUUCCCCACAAAACAGGAAAGUCAACUCCGUAAUGAAGUAGCUAUUUUACAGAAUUUGCACCAUCCUGGGAUUGUAAACCUGGAAUGUAUGUUUGAAACCCCAGAACGAGUUUUUGUAGUAAUGGAAAAGCUGCAUGGAGAUAUGUUGGAAAUGAUUCUAUCCAGUGAGAAAAGUCGACUUCCAGAACGAAUUACUAAAUUCAUGGUCACACAGAUACUUGUUGCUUUGAGGAAUCUACAUUUUAAGAAUAUUGUGCACUGUGAUUUAAAGCCAGAAAAUGUGCUACUUGCAUCAGCAGAGCCAUUUCCCCAGGUGAAGCUAUGUGACUUUGGUUUUGCACGAAUCAUUGGUGAAAAGUCAUUCAGGAGAUCUGUGGUAGGAACUCCAGCAUACUUAGCCCCUGAAGUUCUCAGGAGCAAAGGCUACAACCGUUCUCUAGAUAUGUGGUCAGUGGGAGUUAUUGUCUAUGUGAGCCUCAGUGGCACAUUUCCUUUUAAUGAAGAUGAAGAUAUAAACGACCAAAUCCAAAAUGCUGCGUUUAUGUACCCACCAAAUCCAUGGAGAGAAAUUUCUGGUGAAGCAAUUGACUUGAUAAAUAAUCUACUUCAAGUGAAGAUGAGAAAACGUUACAGUGUGGACAAAUCUCUUAGUCAUCCCUGGCUACAGACUCUUAGGCCGACUUGAGGGUGAAAAAUUCAAACUGAAAUAUCACCUCCAAACGAGUUCACCAAACCCAGCUACAGGUGAUGGAGAGGGUUUUGACUGACAUGCAUUCAUCUGAUGAUGUCUACCAUGAAGUCUCUGAUGAGGUACCAAGGCAAAAAAGUUAAAUCUUUCUCCCAUCUUCUCAGGAUUCAUUAACAUACGGUACCCCUGAAGUAACUGCUCCCUCAGUGAUGGCUCAUCUGAUUUAUCUAAGAGAAUCUGAAAAGAAAAAACUUCUUAGUAAAAAAUAACUGGAAGAAAUGAUUCUUUUAUGCAACAAUAGUAAUGAUUAUUAGCUAUUCAUUAAAGCAGUGAGUAAAAUGGUAUUUCUGAUCAUCUGCUUCAGAAUCAUGGAGUGUUUCUUAAAGACAGAGAUUGCUAUGAUCCAACAACCUAUAGAUUUGUAUGUUUAACAAAUAUAUUCCCAGGUGGUCUGAUCUACACUGAAGGGUUAAGAUGUCUUCAGAACAGUUAUAAAAUUAAUACCACACAGGCAGUCAAGUUUUCUUCACAAACAUGAACACUACUUGGAUUUUAAUCCUACCUCACAUGGAGAUACAUGGAACUUAUCAGGCUAUCUGGUUACACUGAACCUUACAGUACCAAAAAGACUGCAAUACCAAGGAUUAACUACGAGAGCAUUAAUACCAGAUGAACUUAAUAUUUGAAAUAUUUACUGAAAUAUAUAAAUAUAUAUAUAAAAUGUACUUAAAUAUAUAUAUUAAACAAGUCUAUAAAUAAUAGUGAAAUAAAUCAUUACCUUCAGCCU